UUUCAUAUUAUAGCAUAAACUAGAUUGCAUUAUGGGUAACAUUAGUUCUUCCGAAGAGGAUGACGUCAGACCUGCCCCACGACCCCGGCCGAGACCGGAACCGGAAGAGCCAAUACCGGAUGGCGGGCUUGAUUUUCAUGAAAAACCGGUUGUGGCGCCUCGUCCGCCAGAGGAAAGAACGGACCCUAAUAUCAUUGAAAACUUGGAUCAACCCUUAGAUGACGAUAAAUUCAAGAUGGGAGUGACCACGAACUACGAAGAGUUCCGCGACACAAUACUGAAAAAGAGUCGAGACGAAGGCAAGCAAUAUGUUUUCCGCGACACGAAUUUUCCCGCUGAAAAAGAAUCGUUGUAUUUCAGCCAACGAGGAUCGUCAAAAUGGAAAAGAAUUACUGAAUGGAAAAGGCCAUAUGACUUGACAGAGAAUCCUCAUCUUCUCAAAGACGGCAUAACCAGCGAUGACAUCAUACAAGGAUCCCUGGGCAACUGCUGGUGGCUUUCGUCUGUUGCGGCAAUUUCUAGGAAACCUAAGUAUAUGCACAGAGUCGUACCAACUAACCAAGCGAUGACUGGCGACGAUUACGUAGGAAUGUUUCACUUCCGGUUUUGGAGAUUUGGUUCCUGGGUUGAGGUCAUAGUUGACGAUCGUUUACCUGUAAUUCAGAACCGACUGGCGUUUGGCAGGUCAAGCUCGAAAGACGAGUUUUGGUUAUCGUUGCUAGAGAAGGCUUAUGCAAAACUCCAUGGUUCUUACGAGGCAAUUGAAGGCGGAUUUAGUCAAGACGGACUUGAAGACCUAACUGGAGGAAUGGCUGUAUCGUUUGAUUUGGGAGAUAAAACACCUGGACAUUUAUUCAGAAGCUUAGUCAAGGCAUUCCAGAACAACUCAUUUGCAUGCUGCUCUAUCAAAGGCUCCGCCGAGCGUGAGGAUUCCAGGGGACUCGUCAGCGCUCAUGCCUACACCAUCACAGGAGCGACAAGGAUUCCGUUCCGAGGAAAAAAAGUCAAGCUGGUGAGGAUUCGCAAUCCUUGGGGAAACGAUGUGGAAUGGAACCAAGCCUGGAGUGAUGGGUCUUAUCUAUGGGAUGAGGUGGACCGAGUCACAAAAGACCGGAUCGGAUAUGCAGACAAGGACAACGGAGAGUGGUGGAUGGAUUUCUACGAUUUCAAAAAGUAUUUCGCUGACUGUACAAUCUGCACCAUGGGACCGGAUUUUGACAGCGAUGGUGCUGCUACCGGAGACAGUUGGUUUCUAUCUAAAAUCAAAGGCAAAUGGAUCAAAGGUUAUUCAGCCGGUGGUUGCAGGAACGAAGUCGACAAGUAUGCCACCAAUCCGCAAUAUUAUAUGGAGUUACGGGAACCAGACGAUUUCGAUCUUACCCGAGAUGACCCUGCGAACGAGGGCAAAUGCUCAAUAGUGCUUGGCCUGAUGCAGGAGUACAGAAGAAUUGGGCGGGAAGACGGACUCGAGAAUCUUUACAUUGGGAUCAAUAUAUACAGGCUGAGCGGCAAGCCCGGUCGUCGUCUUCCGACUAAUCACUUCCGGUAUAACCGUGACCUCGUGAACUCCGGCUCCUACAUCGAUAAGAGAGAAGUUAGCAUAACCACUGAACUGGAACCGGGUCAUUAUGUCGUCAUACCCUCGACUUUUCACCCAGACAAAGUCUCUACCUUUCUGCUGAGAAUUUUCACGGAGAAGCGAAUCGAUCUGGAAGAAUUACUAUGAGAACAAAAAAGACGCGAAAAAUUUGGAUUUUUGUGAUUUAAUUGCGCCGAAGGCGCGUAAAAACUUUGUUAAAUGUUUAUCUUUGACCUAUACGGCUUCAAACGACCCAAAAACCUCGAAAUUAAAUUUUUUUUUUAAGGCAAUUAAAAUAAAUGGUCGAGAUAUUUGGAAUGAACUGCUUUCAUAUUUGGCUUGUUUUUGAUGGUGUUCCUUAUAAGGUUGAAAGGUCAAGCAGAGAUGUUCUAAACAAAUCAAACAUUUAAAAUUAAAUAUAUUUUAAUUUUUAUAUUCCUGAUUUUAGGAAUAAUUUAGAAAUUUCAUUUAAAAAUUAUCAGUUUGUUUAAUUGAGGUCUCGCAGCAGAACGGAAACCUUCUCGUUAAAUAUACUUUGAAUCCUAUGUGUUCUACGAACAUGACACAUAGGCGGAAGGUGCAAACUAAACUUACGACAAAUAAAUUUAAUCCUCCCCUUGGGUAUUCCCCGGUUGGGUAUGAUAAUUAACAUACCUACAUUGACUUUGACCAAUCACAAGAAAUCAAUGCUUGUCACGACUUUUUGUGAAUAACCACUUUAAAUUCUUCUGUAACUGUAAUAUAAUCAAUAAGUAGUGAAUUAUAUAGCAAUCAUUGCGUCAUUAGUGACAUCACUUUGAUUACCUCACACCUUAGUUAUGCUUUGUCACAAUCGAUAGUUUAAUUUUCCUGAUCAUGCGAUCAGAAUAUAAUCAAUGAGAAGCGAACAAAAUUCCAAUCACUACGUCAUAUGUGACGUCAAUUUUUUACGUCACUCUUAUAUUUUAUAUUAAAGUUAUCAAAUUCUACCACAUUCGCCAAUGAAUUAUGAAGUAAAUUCUAAUCAUUACGUCAUUGAUGACGUCACUUUGAUUGCGUCACAUUCAAUCACAUUUUAUCCCAAUUAACACUUUGAUUUUUCAAAUUAUCACGAAGGUAAUUCCAAUCAUUACGUCUUUAGUGACGUCACUUUUUAUUCACAUGACUUUAAUUUUAUUCUGCCUUUUUUCAUUUUGUAUUUCUGCACAAUUUAUUAUUUCUAGAAAUUAUUAUUAUUAGAAUCGUACUUUUGCGGCUUGUUGCAAUUUUUGUGUUUUUGCAAGAAAUUUCAGGUUAUUUGAAAUCUAGUUUCAAUCGAAAAUUUUAACCCGUUUCGCACUUUUUUUCUGGAAUAAAUGAUUAUACUCUUC